GAGGGGGGAUAGGGGGAGGAGAGGGGGGUAAGAUGUCCGCCGCUCUCCUCUCGCCCAUUGUGGACUAUUACAACGACGAGGAGGAGCUGGAUAGCGUGGACGACGAGGACGAGCGCAGCGUCCGUUGCCGUGACUCGGAUGAAGAUACAGAGGAUGCAAGCGAAACAGAUAUUGCCAAUAAGCAAGAUGACGAAGACUACCUGGAAGUGAAGGAGCAGAUGUACCAGGAGAAAUUAACAUCUCUUAAGAGACAGCUCCAACAAUUACAGGAAGGUACCUUGCAAGAAUAUCAGAGAAGGAUGAAGAAAUUAGAUCAGCAGUACAAAGAAAGAAUACGAAAUGCAGAGCUCUUUCUGCAACUGGAGACAGAGCAAGUGGAAAGGAAUUAUAUUAAAGAGAAGAAAGCAGCAGUGAAGGAAUUUGAAGAUAAAAAGAUUGAGUUGAAAGAGAAUCUUAUUGCUGAAUUAGAAGAAAAGAAAAAGAUGAUUGAGAAUGAGAGACUAACAAUGGAACUCACCGGAGAUUCUAUGGAGGUGAAGCCAAUAAUGACCAGAAAGCUGAGGAGGAGACCUAAUGAUCCUGUUCCAAUACCAGACAAAAGACGAAAACCUGCACCUGCGCAGUUAAAUUACUUGUUAACAGAAGAACAGAUAAUGGAGGAUCUGCGAACUCUUAAUAAGCUCAAAUCUCCAAAAAGACCAGCAUCCCCGUCUUCUCCUGAGCAUCUCCCCAGCACACCUGCUGAAGCGCCAGCACAAAGGUAUGAAGCACGAAUCGAAGAUGGAAAAUUAUAUUAUGAUAAGAGAUGGUAUCAUAAAAGUCAGGCUAUCUAUCUGGAAUCGAAGGAGAAUACGAAGAUUGGCUGUGUAAUUAGCUCUGUUGGAACAAAUGAGAUAUGGGUGAGGAAGACCAGUGAUAGCACAAAGAUGCGUAUAUAUCUAGGACAGCUACAUAGAGGAGUCUUCAUUAUACGACGGCGAUCUGCUGCCUAGAACUCUUACCAAGUUGUGUUGGAAGCCGGCAUCUCCUUAUCUCCCUGCACUCAAGAGGUGAACUCUUCAUGAUUUUUAUAUGGAAACCUGUAUUAAAGCAAAAAAGCUUCUCGACAGACUGAAGAACGUGAGCUUUGAAGACACUUUCCAAUGCCAUCUCAGUUUUGAUGGUUGUGCAUAUUUUUAAGAAUAACGCUCACUUUUUCAAGGAUUUCUCUUUGCUUCCAUCUUCUUCCAAGAUUGAGCUGACCAUUCUUUGUGGCUGGAAGCUGCCAAUAUGUGGAUUGUUUCAUUUAUUCCAGACAACAGAGUGAAAACCAGUUUGCUUCAGUGCUGGGCAAUCUGGAACAUUUUUACCUGAACAAUUAUUGCCCUUGUUUUUUGAGAGGACUAUGUUUUGUACAUGCUGUUUAUUUUGUAUUAAAUGCUUUAUCAUAGUCACUCUUGGGCACAAGCCAAAAACAUGCAUUUGUUUGUUUUUACAAGUAUGUUAAAUAACAUGGUUUCUUUGAACAAAUCAACUCAUGUUGAUGGUUUAUAUUAUGCUGUAUCCUUUAAUAAAACUGAAAAUAUUGGUAGCCUACAAUUAUGAUUAAUGCUGUUGAUUUAUAUCUUUAAACUUCUGCUGUUUUUCCUUAAAUAAUGGUUCAUAACAUACAGCAUUGGAACAAAAUUAAAGCAAAUAAUUUUGCUCUAGGUUUUUAUUAGUAGCUUAAAAAUUGCUAAGUUACAACUGUUUCAGGCUACGUCUUAAAAUGCUCAUGGUCAGUGACUCAGUGAAUCAAAAUCCACUGCAUUUGACCUCACUCUCUGGUAACUUGUGAAAUGGUCAAAUGGCAUUUUGCUUCUAUGGAAAUGAUAUUGUGAAAUAUUAAAUCGGAAAGGUGAUCUUUUGAGGUGGAAAUUCAAUUACUUAGAUAUGUGAGGAAAAUCAACAUUAUGAAUAACACAAUCGAGGCUACAAAAAUAAUUUAUUUUUUAAUUGAAAUGUUUUCCGUUCUGUUAUUCUUCAGUUUUGAAUGUGAGAAUGCAAGUAAUCUAUCUUAUUAACUGAAUGGUACAUUAAACAUGACACUGAGUUGAAGCUGAGUUGAGGAACAAACAUCUCUAAAUGUCACCUUUGAAUAUUUUUCAGCUACAGCUAUUUUAAAGUAUCCUAAAUUCCAAGUAAUUCAUAAUGUAAUACAAUAUUUUUAACUGCAGUUAUCUUGUAAAUGAAUCAGAAAAAUGCAUGAAUUCAGUGAAAAUGAAAAUAAUUGCUUCUGCUUCAAAAGGAUUUACUCAAUAUAUGAAAGGUUGCCACAAAUGUCUAUUUUUACACGUAACAAUGCAGUGUUAAACAUGUGGAUGUACGGGCAGUUAUUUGGUACAGUGUAGCAUUGUACUCUUGUGCUCUAAACAUACACUUUGAAAUGUAAUGGCAAAAGGUGCUUAUAUUAAGUAACCUUUUCUCAAAAGGUUGAAAUUACCCAUUGGAAGAGCUCAUUCAGCCAAUUGCAUCUGUGCUAGCUCUCAGCAUUCCCAUUGAUCCCAUUCUCUAAUUUCUAUUGCAUGCAUGUCAGUUUCUACCUAUUUUUCCUGCUACCCACCUCGAAGAGUAAUUUAUAGGUGCUAGUUAACAUACCAACAAAUCUUUUCGAAAGUGUGAGAAGACUAGAGCACUUGGAAGUCCACGUGAUGAUAGGGAGAAUGUGCAAACUUCAAACGGACAACAUCUGGGGUCAGGAUUGACAUUGGGUUGCUGAAGUUGUGUGGCAGCAGCACUAAUUAUUCUGCCUCUGUGGUAAUUGAGAAUUUUCUUGCCUAGUUAAUGAUAUGUUCAGCUAUUUAUGCUUUGCGUUUUGGAUUUUUCCCUGUUGAAAUCUGUAAUCCAUUCUUUUAAGAUUAAUUCUGAACGUUGCUGUUUUAAUUAUGCUAUUAAUUACCAAUCCUAAUAUUCCCUUUAGCUGAUUGUUGAUAUUUUUGGGUUGAUUAUUCUGUUGAUGUGCAUGGGAGACAUUAUGUUAAAGUUGCUCAAUAAAUACAGGUUUAUGUUUCUUUUACUUGCAAAGUUAGAAUUUCAGAAAGAAGAAUGCUGCUGCAUUUGGACGCAAAGCUCACCAAAUGACAAACAGCCCAUACUCAUUAUGUACAUAAUUACACUCCGCUCAAGUUAUUCCUUCCCAUCCUUGCUAAAAAAAAUGAAUGUCCCGACCAUGUCCCGAAUCAUCAGGAACUUGGGCUCUUCUUAUCUAAGCAGGGAGAUGAAGGGUUUUGAAAAUCAAGAAGGAUUUGGAUCAAGUAAAUGGGGAGAACUUUUCUUGUGGUCUUGAAAGUCUACAUACCAUGCACAAAUUUAAGAUUUGAAUACAAAAGAAUAAGGUAGUUGGAUAUUUUUAUUGCAUGGAGGAGGUUAAAACACAAAAUGCCACUCCCAAAAUCUCGUGGAAGUUGGCCUAAAUUGAUUUUUUUUUAGUGGUGGGCAUGGAUAAAUAUUUAAAAUUAAUAAAUUCAAAAGGUAAGUGUAAUAGGGAUGAAGUGGAUAGAUAGAGAGCAUACGUGUGAUGGCAUCCCUGCUUUGUAAGGUUUAAUGCCAUUCCAUAUUCAUUUGGGUAAUAUUGCAUGCAUAUAUCACAAUCAGUAAUGCUUUUGAUGUAUGUUAUUUGCUGCAAUAUUUUCGGACAAAUAAUUAAUGUAAUUUGCUAACAAUUUGCUAAACCAUGUAGAAUGUUGGAGUAUGGCCAAAAAUAUUUUGCCUGUGAUCGAAACUUGUCAAAAUAGGUACAGAAGUAAUCUAUUCGUCCCUUUGAGCCAGUGUCGCCAUUCAAUAUGAUCAAAGCUGAUCAUCUAAAAUCAGUAUACCAUUCCUGCUUUUUCCACAGAUGUCUUGAUUCCUUUAGCCCUAAGAGCUACAUCCAACUCACUUGAAAACAUCCAAUGAAUUGGCCUCCACUGCCUUCUAUGGCAGAGAAUUCCACAGAUUCACAACUUUCUGGGUGAAAAAGAUUUUCCUCAUCUCAAUCCUAAAUAGCCUACCCCUAAUUCUUAAACUGUGACCCCUGGGUUUUAGACUCCCCCAACAUCCUUUUCCUGCAUCCUUUUCCUGUCCAAUCCCUUAAUUAUUUUAUAUAAGAUACCCUCUCAUCCUUCUAAAUUCUAGUGAAAGCAAGCCCAGUCGCUCCAUUCUUUCAUUAUAUGACAACCCCGCCAUCCCGGGAAUUAAUCUUGUGAACCUACGCUGCACUCCCUUAAUAUCAAUAAUGUCCUUCCUCAAAUUAUGAGACCAAAAUUGCACACAAUAUUCCAGGUGCGGUCUCACCGUGGCCCUGUACAACUGCAGUAGGACCUCCUUGCUCCUAAACUCAAAUCCUCUUGCAAUGAAGGCCAACAUGCCAUUAGCUCUCUUCAUGGCCUGCUGUACCUGAUAUGUUUUUGCCUUUAAUUAUUUAUUAGAUUUUCUUCAGUGGACAAAAUUAUGUUGAACCAGUUAUGCAGUUAAUUGUCUUUUAGUUCAAAAGUAUAAUAUAUACCUAUUAAAAGUCUGAUCU